AUGUCUACCAACCGCCCUUUUCUUGCCAAUUUUUUGGCAGCCUUUCGGGCUCAAUCUGCCUACAAAUCAACCAAGCCUCCCUCCCCAGGUCCUUCCACGAAUCCUCUUUCACAAUCCCACGUUACCUCCGCAGCGAAUUCACCAUCCACGUCCUCGAACACACGAACCGUAACUACGAAAACGGUAUCUCCAUCCAGCUCUGCAGCAGGCUGCACUGGCCACACAUCGACAAGCCCCCCACCCCAAUCUACGACUGCAGCCGUUCAAGCAGCAGCAGCGGCGGCGGCGGCAUCGGGCCAAUUGCAUUCCCACCAUCCUCACCGCCACCACGCACCAACCCACAGCACCACAGCAUCGUCUCGCGCCCAAUCGCAUUCCCGUUCCGGUCCCUCCCCAAGCACUACUCCAACAUCUGCCGGUCCACUACCCAUACCCAUACCAUCAUCACAUCACAGGCACCGUCGGGGAAGCGACAGCAGCAGUGGGAGCGGAGGCUUCCGGGAUGCCCUAACCUCAGAAAAAUGGUGUUUUGACUCCGUGCUGCAGUCGACAAGUGAGUGA